GGCACCGCUGUCCUCUCUCUCUCUGCUUCUUGGAAACGUCUUGUGGAGUGCAAUACGAGGAGGUCGAGGAGCAUCCCGGCGCAGUAUCAUCCUCAGCCAGACAAAAACUCACUGAUUGUGGAAUUUACCGAGGUAGGGGCGACUGUUCGGUCCCGUCCUCGAGCACCGAGAGACGCACUUAAUAGACGGAGCAGAAAUUAAGAGCAGAGCGCAAACACUGCUGGAGCAGAGAGCAGCGAUCUCUUCUUUGGCUUCUGAGAGAGACAAGAGUUUCUGUGAGAAAUGUAAGCCGCUCAUCAGAGCCACAGAUAACACAUCUAAGGGACGCUGGAAUUACAAUCAAAGCAGUUUAAUGAAGAGGAAAAGAAUGCAUCCUAGAUCAAAUUAAAAUUAUUGCAUUCAAGGGAGAGCAUUCCAUUCACACGCAAUUGGAUGAGAGUCUUAAUAGCCCUCAGCAACUAAAGAUGAUGUUACCAUGGAAACAAAUUGUUCUGCUAUCAAUCACUGGAUGCCUUGCAGCCUGUACAGAGGAUGUCAUAUUUCAAGGGCCAAGAUGGAGGACGGAGCCAAGUGACCUCAUUUUACCAAUCAACUCCCCAGACCAGCAGGCUACCAUCACGUGCGAGGCAGAAGGGAGCCCUCCUCCGCAGUACAGAUGGUCACUAAACGGAACACUCAUUGAUCUGGGGAAUGACUACCGGCGUCACAUGUCUGGGGGCAGCCUGAUCAUUAGCAACCUGGACAAGGACCAAGACACCGGGGUGUACCAGUGCACAGCCUUCAACACAUGGGGGUCCAUCCUCAGCCGCAGAACCAGCCUACAAUUUGCAUAUCUUGAUAACUUCAAAACUCAAACGGUGAGGAGCGCUGUCAACGUCCGUGAGGGCCAAGGCGUGGUUCUGUUAUGUGGACCACCUGCACAUUCUGGAGAGCUGACAUUUGCGUGGAUCUUCAAUGAAUACCCGCACUUUGUCCAACAAGACAGUCGUCGUUUCAUCUCUCAGGAGACCGGGAGUCUGUACAUCGCUAAAGUGGAGCCUUCAGAUGUUGGCAAUUACACCUGUGUGGUUAACAACACUGUCACGAGGGAGAAGGUGCUCAGCUCUCCCACACCACUGGUCCUCAGAAGUGACGGAGUAAUGGGUGAAUAUGAACCCAAAAUAGAAGUGCAUUUCACCGAUUCAGUCCCAGCUGCGAAGGAAUCGGUGGUGAAACUGGAAUGCUUCGCUCUGGGAAACCCCGUUCCAGAAAUAAGCUGGAGGAGAACCAGCGGCAUCCCUUUCCCCAGCAAAGUGAAAAUGAAGAAUUCAAACGCUGUCCUUGAAAUCCCUAACUUCCAGCAGGAAGACUCAGGGACGUACGAAUGUAUGGCAGAGAAUCGGCGAGGCAAAAAUGCUGCACGGGGUCGUAUUUCAUUCCAUGCCAAACCUCACUGGCUCCAGACAAUGACGGACACAGCUCUGUCCAUCGAGGAAAACCUCUUGUGGGAGUGUAAGGCCAAUGGAAAGCCUAAACCAUCCUACAGCUGGCUGAAGAAUGGGGAGCAACUGAUGGCUGAGGGCCGGGUACAAAUCGAAAACGGGGCCCUCUCUAUAGCUGCGUUAAACCUGUCAGAUUCCGGGAUGUAUCAGUGUGUGGCUGAAAACAAACAUGGAAUUAUUUAUUCCGGUGCCCAGCUAAUGGUGUUAGCUUCACCUCCCAGUUUCUCCAAACGUCCAUUAAGGGCCUUGCUAAAAGCUCGCUCAGGCAGCGAAGUCACUCUUGAAUGCAAGCCUCAGGCCUCGCCCCCAGCAAUUAGCCUGUGGAAGAAAGGGAAUGAGAUCCUGCAGAGAAGCGAAAGGAUUACUUUGCUUCCCAAUGGGACAUUAAAGAUCGCCAAUGUAACCAGACGGGAUGCAGCCAGCUACACGUGCGUUGCUAAGAAUCAGUUUGGAACAGCGAGCACAACUGGGAGGCUGCUCGUCACUGAGCCCACCAGGAUCACCAUGAGGCCUACUAACAUGGAGAUUAUUGUUGGCGAGAGCAUCGUGUUACCCUGCCAGAUUGCCUGCGAUCCAGCUCUGGAUGUUUCUUUCUCGUGGGCAUUCAACGGCCAGCUCAUCGACUUCCAGCGAGACAGCGAUCAUUUUGAAAGAGUGGGCGGGAGUAUAUCAGGGGAUCUGAUGAUUCGUAACAUCCAGCUGAACCAUGGAGGGAAAUAUGUCUGCGUUAUUGACACUGAUGUGGAGAGCCUAUCCACCUCUGCCAUCUUGGUUGUCAAAGGUCCGCCAGGUCCUCCGGAUAAGGUAGCAGUGGAAGAAAUCACAGACAGCACGGCCCAGCUUUCCUGGACUCCCGGAAGGGACAAUGGCAGCCCCAUCACCGGCUACAUCAUCCAGGCCCGCACCCCCUUUACUGUGGGCUGGCAGGCUGUUGACACAGUGCCAGAGGUUGUCAACGGUAACAUGCUGACAGCUACAGUCGUUGCUCUGAACGCAUGGGUGGAGUAUGAGUUUAGGGUGGUGGCCCGCAAUACCGUAGGCCUGGGAGAGCCCAGUCCGGCCUCGGCCAAGACCAGGACAGAGGAUGCCAUUCCUGAUACAGCUCCCACUGAUGUCGGAGGUGGAGGCGGCACAAAGUCUGAAUUGGUGAUAACAUGGGAGCCUGUUCCCGAGGAACUGCAGAACGGAGAGGGCUUUGGCUACAUCAUCGCCUUCAGGCCUGUGGGCACGGUCACGUGGACGCGAGCGGUUAUCUCCACGCCGGGCGUGGCACGUUACGUCUUCCGCAAUGACACCAUCCCACCCUUCUCGCCUUUCGACGUAAAAGUGGGGGCAUACAACAACCGAGGGGAGGGGCCCUUCAGCUCUAUUGCCACCGUGUAUUCAGCAGAGGAAGUCCCUGGUGUGGCUCCUAAGAGGGUUAGGACUAGAAGUGUGUCUGCAGUGCAAAUUGAAGUGAUCUGGGAAGCUCUCCCUGCCAUCCCUGAAAGAGUGCUUGGAUAUGAGGUCGUGUACUGGGAAGACGACACCAAGCCUGACACUGUUGGCAAAGUGCGCAUAUCUGGAAACUACACGCUGGUUAACAUCACAGGGCUGAAAGCGAACACAGUGUACUACCUCUGUGUGGCUGCAUUCAAUACGGCUGGCCCCGGGCCACAGUCGGCGCCCAUCAACACCACCACAAAGAAACCACCUCCAGAUCGGGCUCCACUCAACAUACAAUGGACCAUGAUCGGCUCCACACUCACGAUGCACUGGGAUCCUGUAGUAGCUUUGGAUACAGAGUCAAAGGUCACCGGAUAUUUGGUGCUGCUGAGGAGACAUCGCUACAACGACAUCAACACUAUCUUGACCACCAAAACCACUGUGGAGCUCAGCCUCUCCGCCAACGACAACUAUCUCAUUCAGAUCAAGGCCAUGAGUGAAGGUGGCGAAGGUGUGGGCAGUGAACCCAUCCACAUCCAUAAAUUAAGUAUGGGAGCACGGGGCUCAGGAGCAAUCCGCCUCAGCCCAUUGUACCUCUCUGCAGUCCUCAUCAACGCCAUGCUCUGCUCCGCUUGGUGAUAUCUAAUUGGAGCCUGCAAAGCGCCCUCUCUCCCCCCUCCAUCCCUUCACUCAGCCUGUCCACUGGACUGGCACAAGGCCCGGCUUCAGUGGCAAGACUGGGAAAGACUGGAAAGGACUGGGCUCCGCCAAACUCUUAAAGGGACCACGGCACUUUUUUUUUAAGGGCCAUCAAAUAGAGACGUGAUGAUUCGUGUGCAUGAUAUCUUUCAGAAUUUCUUCCCGCGUCAUAAAUGCCACCGUGCUCUAGGUUUUAUUUUAGAAGUUAUGAUGUCUAUAUGACUUAUCUUCUUAGUAUCUCUGGAGAUACUAAUGCCUUAAAACCCAUUUUACUCAUACAGUCCAUACCAAAGUAGGAGACAGGCUGCUUACAAGUUUCUUUAACCCUAUAUUUAACCCCCUUGCUUUGCAAAAACAAGUACUCACAAGAAUUCUUCUUCUCAAGAUCGACUUCCCAACACUUGAUUGACCUAUAGUCAGUGGUUUCAUCCAGAUUUUACUGUCUCAAAAAUAAAUCUUAAACUAAAUCAGUUCCAUUGACAGAACAUCAACUAAUAUCCUCAUCCCAUUUCUUUGCAGCUUUGCCAAAAGUUUACCAGGCUUUGUCAGAUAUAUGAAAGAUGCAUAGCAAAUUGAUCAACUGUGCCUCAAACCCACUUAUCUCUGCAUACUGAAAUAAUAUUAGGUCUGUUCGAGAGCCACAGUCUCCUGAGCUUAAGGCCCUCUCUACAAUACUCUAAGAGAUCGCCAUCUCUUGCUCCUCUAAAUAAUAAAUGCGUAUCACACUCUGCAUUCUCAGUCUAGGUAAAAAGCCGGGAUUGCAGAAGAGAGAGACGCGUGGUGUCACUAUGUCAAGCGGAUCCCACGUGCACUGUUCCUCCUCUACAUUUAGACGACCUGUGUUCAAGAUUUGUAUAUCAUAUCGUGGAUCGUGUGCCAUCUACACCCCAUAUGACCAGCUGGCCCAGUGCACAAUGGACUACAGGAUACCAGUGCCUUCACUAGAGCUCACUCCAAUUUCUUUCUUUUCAAAUAGCUUAGGGGAAAGAUUCAUGUUGUAGAAGAGGCAUUGUGUGCUUUUCCUUCUGAACAAAUUAGUUAGGAAGACAGGUCACUGUCUGGAGAAUGUAGAGGGAGCCCAUUAUUGGAAAGGGUAUGUUAAUUACAUUUUCAUUGAGAAAAGUACACCAGGGUUACCUAAAACAAAAAGCGUUGGAAGCUAGUAUUUAUGCUCUCUGGUAUAAUAAAUGUAUGACUCCAUUCGAAGCAUAAUUUAUGGGCUAUUAAGGCAUCAGAAUAAUUGAUGCUAAUACCGCGGUGAAAGUGCUCUGACUGGAAAUGGAGCGAAAGGCAUGGCUGUCAUUUUACCCCCACCCCAUUACUGUCUAUUGGACACAUACCGGACUGAACAGUAACAAAAGAACAUUGCUACUCUGCUGAGGGAGCUACUUUUCACGCCCUUUUAUCAUGUGGAUGAGUCUGUAAAAAGCCACCCAACAAGGAGCCGAGGUGUGAUUACUGGGGUCCUGACAAUGAUCAUGUGGAUGUGGAAGGAUACAGUCAACUGAACUGCUACACAUUACUGUGCCUUUGCCGAAUAUGGGGGCUGUGUACGGUCAUUAGCUCAGAGGUUGUCGUCUGUAUUUUGCACUCUCUUCCCCCUAUCUUCCCCAAAGUCAAAUGAAAGCACAAGGAAUUGAUGCAAGGUGACUGGAUGUCCUCACUUAGGCGUCUGAACAGGUGUGCAGACCCCAGAGGCCUCGUAAAAAGUCAAAACGGCCGACAUAAUCAGGCUGUCCUAUCUGCUCCUUGAAUGGUUGGAUAAAGCUCUGUGCUCUUUGAAUGGACUGCUGCAGACCAGUCAAUGCCAUAUUGAUUUUGCUGCCCCAUUAUUACAGCUGUCACAAUUCAGCUGCUUGAUUGACUGAUGGCCGUGUUCUUACUGCAGUCGUUCUGUUGUGAUACAGUCAAUGAUGUCUGACUUUAUUCCCUAUCAGACCACUUCAUAGGCAUUCUUUUUUCUGUUGUGUUUCGGUUUGCUUUUACUAGAAAUCUCACUGUAUUUGCUCAACUUGUCACAGAAGUAUUUUGUAGUGUAGUGGUAAAUUGUGAUUUUGAAUUGGAGCAGUGACUUAAAAUUGAUUGGCUGGUUGCUUAUUUUGAGUCGAAGUACUACUGUAUCUUUCUUUCCAGCAGCAUAAAAGCCAAGUCACACCAGCAUUUAAAACAGUUAAAUUUCAUAGCAAAAUCAUUUCAGUGGAAUUGCUGCGAUCAGCAGAUGCACUUGUGAGGAGAAGUAAAUCUGUGUAAAAGUAUACUUUGGUGGACUUUCUGGUGCCGUUAGCCAUUAGCAAACCGUCUUGACAAACAGAAUAAUCCAAAAUGGAGGAAGCUAACAUAGCUUAUUUGCUGUGUUGCACUAAAUAAAUAAUAAUAAUAAUAAUAAAUGGAAUAAACUCUGUGGACUUAAUGGCCUGUUAUUUACCAAGCUAAUGGUUUUUCUAACUGACAGUGAGCAAGCGUUUUAAGUGAUAAAGAACAAAAACACUGACUAGCACUAACUUGUUCCCGGCUGUCUAGCGCAUUUAGCUGUUGGCUCGACAGCUGCUGUAGUUCACAAACUAGCCCUGCAAAUAUCCACUACAGUAUGUCCCCAAUCGUCCUGCAAUGUCUGUUUCACAGACACAUGCAGAUGAAUAUUGCUGUGCCACUUUCUGGUGUGACCGGGCCUCAAAGCAGCUUGUGUGUGCAAAUACUUGAUCCAAGUGGUUGUAAUAUUUCUGUUAAUAUCCAAAUAAGGUAACCCCAUCAUCGCAAGAUGGCAGACUUAUAGGUUAUUAAUUUACAGUUUUUUAACGUGUGGCAGUUUCUCAGAGUUUUCUUAAUUUUGACAUAGUUGUAACUCAGCCUAAUGUUCCUUACCUCUGCUCAUGCUCACUUAAGAAAGCGAAACUAUUGUUUCUGGCCUUGUGCUUUAAUAAAUACUACUAAGUACAAUCUAAAGGAAGUGAAGGAAGUGAUCAGACCAGUCCACUGGAAUUGGUGAAUUGUAUUGAUCACAGAACCACAACAUAUCUAUUUAUAUCCACAAGGUCUGUUUGGUUAGAUUGGUUACUGUGGUUGUUGUUGCUAGAAGGAGUGUAUCGCAUGUAAAUAGCUUGCAUAUAUUUUUUAAACAUGGCCAUCAAAGACAACCUCACUGCUUUUAUAUAGUGUGUUCUCCGACCUUAAUACUGGUGUAUUAAUCAAUGAUCUCUGUGAGAUACUGACAUGUAGAGUGGCAUUUUCAUAUUGAAAAGUAACUGUUUUGUCUUGUAUACUAAAAUUGU